AUGUCUGUUCUUGUCACAGGAGCCACAGGCUUCAUUGCCCUCCAUGUCGUCGACAAACUGCUUGCCAGAGGAUACACCGUGAUCGGCACGGCCAGAUCAGAGGAAAGAUACGCUCCGUUCCUCGCAGAGUUCCGGAAGAAGUACCCUGACGGCAAGCUGUCGUUUGAGAUUGUGCCAGACAUUGGCACGGACGACGCCUUUGAUCACGUGCUCCAGGCUCAUCCCGAGGUUACCAAGGUGCUCCACACAGCCUCACCUUUUUCUUACGGCCUAAACAAGCCGUUUGAGGAGGCGUACCUGACUCCUGCCGUCAACGGCACGCUCAACAUCCUCAAAGCCACCAAGAAAUACGCCCCUCAGGUCACCCACGUUGUGGUUACGUCUUCGUUUGCCGCGGUGAAAAAAAACGGCGACGAGCUCUACACCCACGUCCACACCAAGGACUCGUGGAACCCGGUGACCUGGGACGACGUCGACAACGAGACUGUUGCGUACGUUGCGUCCAAGAUCUCGGCCGAAAAGGCUGCAAGAAAAUUCGUCGAGGACGAAAAACCGGGCUUCAGUCUGUCGACUGUCAACCCGCCUCUUGUGGUGGGUCCUCAGUUGUUUGACAUUGCCGUCAACGAGACGCUCAACACCUCGAACCAGUACAUUGUCGACAUUGCGAAAUUGACCGAUAAGAAUGGAGAAGUUACCAAAAUCAGCUCGUUGGCCGUCGACGUGAGAGACGUUGCCGAGUUCCACGUGCUACCUUUGGAGAAAGAGGCCAUUAGAAACCAGAGAAAUUUCAUUGCGUCGUCCAACUUCUACCCUGGCGAGGUUGCUGCUAUCAUCAAGAAGAACUUCCCGCAGUAUGCCGACAAAGUGCUGGACCUGGACGACCUGCCAAAGAAGGAGAUCAAGUACGACCUGGCCUCGGUUGUCGAGCCGCUGGGAGGCUACAACUUCAUCCCUCUGGAGAAGUCUGUCGUCGACACGUUGACCCAGUACUUCAAGAAGUAUCCGUUGUAA